GGACGCCUGCGUCGCGGCGGGGCGGAAGUGGCGCCGCCGGUUUGAAAUCAACAGAGUCUGCUCCAGUCGGACCGAGCGGCCGAGUGCCAUGUCCACCCCACCGCUGGCGCCCGCAGGCAUGGCGCCCGGGCCCUUCGGCGGCCCGCAGGCGCAGCAGGCCGCGCGCGAGGUCAACACGGCCACGCUGUGCCGCAUCGGGCAGGAGACGGUGCAGGACAUCGUGUACCGCACCAUGGAGAUCUUCCAGCUGCUCCGGAACAUGCAGCUGCCAAAUGGCGUCACUUAUCAUACCGGAACUUACCAAGACCGGCUAACAAAGCUCCAGGACCAUCUUCGCCAGCUUUCUAUUCUCUUCAGGAAGUUAAGACUGGUCUACGACAAAUGCAACGAGAACUGCGGCGGCAUGGACCCCAUUCCCGUCGAGCAACUUAUUCCAUAUGUGGAUGAGGAUGGCUCAAAGAAUGACGACCGGGCUGGCCCACCUCGUUUUGCUAGUGAAGAGAGACGAGAAAUUGCAGAAGUCAAUAAAAAACUGAAACAGAAGAACCAGCAGCUGAAGCAGAUUAUGGACCAAUUACGGAAUCUCAUCUGGGACAUAAAUGCCAUGUUGGCAAUGAGGAACUAAACUGAUAUUUAAAUCUCUUGUUCUACAUGUGUGAUACAAUUGGAUUUCCCCCCCAAGUAUUAUUCCUUUGGAAAGAUUAUCCACUGCCUCUGUUUUUUUUUUUUUUAAUGCUCUUGGUUCUAUACAAGAUUAUUAUAAUAGUCUUUGAUAAGGUGUGAGUUUUGUUUAAUCUUCAUGAAUUGAAUAAUUGCUUUUUAAAAGCAAAAUGAAGCUUAAUAAAUAA